AUGAUAAGACGCUUCUCAUGUGAUCACAAGUUAAAAUCUCUAUACUCUGACUUUUUAAGGGAAUUUGAGUCGCUGGGUCAUAUGAUACGCGUACCAGAAAGCAUCCCUGAACCACAACAGUAUUACUACUUGCCACAUCACGGCUUUCUUAAAGAAUCUAGCAGUUCUACUAAGCUGCGAGUUGUUUUUAAUGGGUCACGUCGCACAAGUAGUGGCUGUUCUCUGAAUGAUCUCCUUCACAUCGGUGCCAAGCUGCAGACAGACUUAUCCGAUGUGAUUUUGUGGUGGCGACAAUUUUCGCAAGUCUUUUCAGCCGACAUGGAGAUGAUGUUUCGGCAGAUUUUGGUUCAUCCAGAUGAUCAGCGUUUUCAGAGAAUUCUUUGGUCACCAGAAUCAUUUCAGAAGCCUUUAACAUAUCAGUUGGCCACUGUUACUUACGGACUUGGUCCAGCGCCUUUCUUAGCAAACCGCGUAAUUAAGCAAUUAACCAAAGAUGAAGGACAUCGCUUUCCCCUCGCAACAGAUGUUUUACUACGUGGGACUUAG